UGUUACACUAUUGAUUGAUUAAUAAAUACUUGUAUUCUAAAUUUUCUAAUUUCCCCUCUUUUACCAAUCACUCCACUUGUAGACUAUCUUGGCACCCACCCAUCUCCAUCACUCCACCGGCUCUCUCUCUCCUCAUUCUCUCACUACCGACACUCCCAUUUCACCCUCUUCAUUCAUUUUCAUUCAUCAUCAACUACCUUCACAAUCCCUCCUUCCUCAGAUCUCCCCUCCUCCGCCUCUCCGUCUUCGUGCCGAAGACGUAGCACAUACCACGACAAAUCCACCCCGUAUUCAUCUAUUCAAUCUUAUCCAUCAAAAACCAGCUCGCCGAAACACGCAUUCGAAGACAUCACCAGCAAUGUCUAUGUACGGGAGGGAUCCGUGGGGUGGACCAUUAGAAAUAGCAGCAGAUUCGGCGACUGAUGAUGAUCGAAGCCGGAACUUACAAGACUACGACAAAGGUGCGUUAUCAUCUCGGCAACUAGAUGAAACACAGCAAAGUUGGUUGUUGGGUCCAACUGAACAAAAGAAGAAGAAAAAGUAUGUGGAUCUUGGGUGUAUUAUUGUUAGUCGUAAGAUCUUUGUUUGGACUGUUGGUACUAUCUUAGCUGCUGGUUUACUUGCUGGAUUCAUUGCUCUUAUUGUUAAGCUUGCUCCUCGUCGUCAUCAUGCUGCUCCUCCUCCUGAUAAUUAUACUCAAGCUCUUCAUAAGGGUCUUAUGUUCUUCAAUGCGCAACGAUCUGGGAAAUUGCCGAAGCACAACAAUGUUUCAUGGAGGGGUAAUUCAUGUUUGAAUGAUGGGAAGGGUGAUAGCGGCAGCACUUUCAAGGACCUUAAGGGUGGUUUCUAUGAUGCUGGGGAUGCCAUUAAGUUCCACUUCCCUAAAUCUUUUGCUAUGACCAUGUUGAGUUGGAGUGUGAUCGAAUAUAGCGCCAAGUAUGAGGCUGCAGGAGAGCUCAAUCAUGUCAAGGAGAUCAUUAAGUGGGGGACUGAUUACUUUCUCAAGACCUUUAAUUCGUCAGCUGAUUCAAUCAGUAUGCUUGUGUAUCAGGUUGGGUCAGGUGAUACCUCUGGUGGGAGCACGACUCCUAAUGAUCAUUACUGCUGGAUGCGUCCAGAGGACAUUGAUUAUCCAAGACCAGUGAAAACAUGUAGUAGUUGCUCGGACCUUGCUGCUGAGAUGGCUGCUGCUUUGGCUUCAGCUUCUAUUGUUUUCAAGGAUAACAAGGCAUACUCUCAGAAACUUGUGCAUGGUGCAAAAACACUAUACAAGUUUGCUAGAGACCAAAGAGGCAGAUAUAGUGAAGGCAAUGAGGCUGCUACUUUCUACAAUUCUACCAUGUACUGGGAUGAAUUUGUAUGGGGUGGAGCAUGGUUAUAUUAUGCCACUGGAAAUAAUUCUUAUCUUACCAUUGCAACUCAUCCUAAAAUGGCCAAGCAUGCUGGCGCAUUCUGGGGAGGCCCAGACUAUGGUGUGCUAAGCUGGGACAAUAAGCUUGCUGGAGCACAAGUGCUUCUUAGUCGUUUAAGAUUGUUCCUGAGCCCUGGUUAUCCUUAUGAAGAAAUACUCUCGGCGUUCCACAAUCAGACUAACAUAAUUAUGUGCUCCUAUUUACCAUAUUUCAAUAGCUUUAAUAGAACAAAAGGGGGUUUGAUUGAAUUAACACAUGGAAGACCUCAGCCUCUUCAGUAUGUAGUAAAUGCUGCAUUCUUGGCUACCCUCUACAGUGAUUAUCUUGAAGCUUCUGAUACACCUGGUUGGACAUGUGGUCCUAAUUUCUACUCAACGAAUGUCUUGCGUACAUUUGCACGCACACAGAUUGAUUACAUUCUUGGCAAAAAUCCUCGGAAAAUGAGCUAUCUGGUCGGCUUUGGUAACCACUAUCCAAAGCACGUGCACCAUAGAGGUGCAUCUAUACCAAAGAACAAAGUUAAGUACAGCUGCAAAGGUGGUUGGAAGUGGAGAGACACUAAGAAGGGAAACCCAAACACAAUAGUAGGAGCCAUGGUUGCAGGCCCUGACAGCCGUGACGGGUUCCGUGAUGUCCGCACAAAUUACAAUUACACGGAGCCCACGCUUGCAGGAAAUGCAGGUUUAGUUGCUGCUCUUGUUGCCCUUUCUGGUGAGAAGAGUGUUGGAAUCGACAAAAACACUAUGUUCUCUGCAGUACCUCCUUUGUUCCCUAAUCCUCCUCCUCCUCCCGCGCCCUGGAAACCUUGAAGAGUCUACGUGGGCAUUAUUAUGGAGUUGUAUUGUUUCAGGUGCCUUUGCCCGUUGUAAGGUUGUGUUGUAGGGAUCCCUUGGAUCUAGAAGAGUACUGGAACGAGAAUGCAUUAUUAAGGAAACGCCUGAAAUGUAGAUCCUUAUGCUAAAGAGAAGAAAUCGUACUUUAACUUGCUCGAAGAUGUUGGUGAAUGGUGACAGGGUGAACUAGGCUUUUUGGGAGGUUUUCUUUUUUUGUUGUUAUACUUCCGUGUAUAUGUAUGAUAUAUUCGUUUAAUAUGUGUUCUUUUGAUAACAAAAUACUGAACAAUGUGAAGCUGAUAACAUCUUCAUAGCUGUCCAUUGGAAGAAGUAAUUCUUUUCCCCCUCUAUUCAAUUUGUAGCUUGUAAUUAUACUUUUGCCCAAGUAUUUCAUGAACUCGUAACACAAUUGGUAUGUA